AACAAAAAGAAAACCUCAAGAGGGAAAGAAAAAAUGGCGUAUACAGACAUGCAGCAGCAGCAACAUAUGUACGGAACAUACGCAGAGCCAAGAAUCUCGUUCUCGAACGACAUGGCGGCGACGAAGCACGAGAUGAACAAGUACAAGGAAGCUCCCGUCUCGUCGGAGUUCGAGUUCGGAGUGAAGAACUACGCCAUGAUACCCGCAGACCAGAUCUUCUUCCAGGGAGUGAUAUUGCCUCUCAAGGACAAGAUUAGCCAGAAGAAAAUGGCGACUCUGAGAGAGGAACUGAGCGAAGAUGACGACGACGCCGGCUCGUGUUCAGGGAGGAAGACGAAGGGCUCUUCGAGUUGGUGGAGAGAGAGAUUAGGGUUAGGGUUCGUGAGGAGCAAGAAAGACCAGAAGAGAGCUUCUUUUCAUCACCAUCACCAUCAUCAAUGAAGGGCUGCUAACACGUUUUAAUUUUAUUUUUGUGUAAUGUGUCUCUUGUUUUGUUUUUUUUCUCUUCUUCACUGUUUCUUGUUCAUGUACAAAAAAUGUUUGCAGUUGAA